UGUCAAUCGGUCAACAACGGUGACGGUCAGUGUGUGGGAUACUUUCGGAACUUGGAACUCGGAUACGGAUUAGCUGUGUGGAAUUUUCGUGAAGAUUUCGGAUAUUGCAGGAAUGCUGCACAUUCCAGCGGGAGGUUUUACAGAUGUUCAUUCUGAAAUCUUCAUAAGUGAUAAAGCCUUGUGAUUUACUGAAGAUUUGAUGGAACAUCAACUGCUUAAUUCGAUUAAGCAAGUUAUAUAAUCUGUGAAAUCCUGAUAUUCGAAUGUUCACCAAUGUGAGUUAGAAAAAUCUUGGACGAGCGCGCUGUUUGAAAACAUUUUGAAGAAUACAGUUUCAAAAAUGUAGAUUUGAGUAAUGACUGAGUUCUGGGAAAUACAGUGAACGAAGCUGAAUCGAUAAUCAUCCGUGAUAUUCUAUUUGAGAAGUUCACCCAGUGUUGACCAAAUAAAACGAAAGCAAUAGGAUUACCAGACCCGAAAUACCGAGCAGUUGUGAUUAGUUCUAAGUGGGCAACAUGAAAAAGACGACCGACUCCAGGGAGAACCUGGUGAACUCGGUCGGGUCCCUAGCGAACACCGAAGAUGGCCGCGGCCCAGGGGAAAUGGAUGGCGAUGGGAAAUCGAUCAAGAGUUCCGUUUCGGAAUUCGAUCGCGAUGUUCCCGAGGUGAUACUGACCAAAACGGAGAAGAAGUUUUUGCUCAGUGCGGAGCGGGGCGAUUGCGCAACUGUGAGACGAAUAAUUCAAGAAAACAAAGGCGACCCAGAUGAGUUCGACAUAAACUGUGUAGAUCCGCUGAAUCGUUCUGCAUUGAUAGCAGCCAUCGAAAAUGAAAACAUAGAACUUAUCCGGCUGCUUCUUGGCGAAGGAAUCAAAGUACAGGAUGCAUUGCUGCACGCCAUCAAGGAGGAAUACGUCGAAGCGGUGGAAACUUUACUCCUGUGGGAGGAGGAAAAUCACAUUCCCGGAAUGCCUUACAGCUGGGAAGCCGUGGACCGCUCGUCUUCCUCCUUCACCGCCGACAUCACUCCGCUCAUCCUAGCCGCUCACAAAAACAACUACGAGAUUCUGAAAAUCCUGCUGGAUCGAGGAGCAACUCUUCCGAUGCCGCACGACGUUCGCUGCGGAUGCGACGAGUGUGUGACGUCCAGCGAGCAGGACUCCCUCCGUCAUUCCCAGUCACGCAUCAACGCCUACAAAGCGCUCUCGUCCAGUUCGUUGAUUGCACUCAGCUCUAAGGAUCCGAUCUCGACGGCGUUCCAUCUGUCGUGGGAGCUGCGGCGGCUCAGUCGAACCGAGUCCGAGUUCCGGGCAGAGUACACGACAAUGCGAGCGACGGUACAGGAAUUUGCAACAUCUCUAUUGGACCACGCCCGAACGUCCAACGAGCUGGAGAUCAUGCUGAACUACAACGCCGGGGCCAUCGAUAACUGGGAACCAGGCGAACGUCAAACCCUCGAUCGACUGAAACUAGCACUCAAAUUUAAGCAAAAACUGUUCGUAGCCCAUCCGAACGUCCAACAGCUGCUGGCAGCGAUCUGGUACGAGGGUCUUCCGGGCUUCCGUCGCAAGUCACCCGUCGGCCAGAUCACCCAAGUGGCCAAGCUGGGCGCCAUGUUUCCGGUGUACAGCAUGAUCUACAUGCUGGCGCCCAACUCGAUAAUGGGCCAGUUCAUGAAGAAACCGUUCGUUAAGUUCAUCGUCCACUCGGCUAGUUAUGCGUUCUUUUUGAUGUUGUUGGGAGCUGCUUCGCAGCGCGUAGAAUACUUAGCCAUCGAAUGGUUUGGACCAGAAUGGAUGCAAGAAAUACUCAAGGAAUGGAAAAGGAAGGAACGUGGAUCGCUGCCUGGACUUGCGGAGUGUUUAGUAAUUCUCUACAUCAUAAGUUUGAUAUGGCACGAGAUUAAAUCGCUUUGGAAUGAUGGACUGGUAGAAUACCUCGCGGAUCUAUGGAACAUCGUGGACUUUAUCUCAAACUCGUUCUACAUAGCAUGGAUGAGUUUGCGGUUCACGUCAUGGUACACAGUGUGGCGCGAUUCCAGAGCAGGACUCAAUCCAUGGUAUCCUCGUGAGCAAUGGGACCAAUACGAUCCUAUGCUUCUAUCGGAAGGAGCCUUCGCAGCCGGUAUGAUCUUUUCAUUUCUAAAGUUGGUUCACAUAUUUUCGAUUAAUCCACAUUUGGGACCGCUUCAGGUAUCACUCGGACGCAUGAUAAUCGAUAUUAUCAAGUUCUUCUUCAUCUACACAUUGGUUCUGUUCGCUUUCGGCUGUGGCCUCAACCAGUUGCUUUGGUACUAUGCAGUUUUGGAGAAGAAUAAAUGCUACCAUCUUCCAUCAGGGCUUCCGGAUUUCGAAAAUCACGAAAAAGCUUGCGGAAUCUGGCGUCGGUUUGCGAAUCUGUUCGAAACGUCUCAAUCUCUGUUCUGGGCCUCGUUCGGCUUGGUGGACUUAAUGGCAUUCGAAUUGGCCGGUAUCAAAAGUUUCACCCGUUUCUGGGCUUUGCUCAUGUUUGGAUCGUACAGUGUUAUCAAUAUUAUCGUGCUCCUAAACAUGCUGAUUGCCAUGAUGAGCAACAGCUAUCAAAUCAUUUCGGAACGUUCGGACAGCGAGUGGAAAUUCGCACGCUCACGGCUAUGGAUGAGUUACUUUGAAGAUGGAGACACAUUGCCUCCCCCAUUCAAUCUGGUGCCUUCUAUCAAAAACUUUGAUAAAAUAUUCAGUUUAUGCAAAUGCAGCAAGGACAAACGGUCAACGACGAGUAUUCUUAAACGCAACCGGGAAAAGGCUCAACGUCGUCACGAGAAUGUGAUGCGAUUGCUGGUGCGGAGGUACGUAACGGCCGAACAACGCAAGCGGGAUGACUUCGGUAUCACUGAGGAUGACGUGAUGGAGAUUCGGCAGGACAUCAGCACCCUGCGGUACGAGUUGAUAGACAUUUUGCAUCAAAAUGGCAUGAGGACACCGAAUGUGAAGGCCACGGAUUCGGCAAUUGCUGGUAAGAAAGGGCGCGUCAUGGAACGUCGUAUCCUCAAGGACUUCCAGAUCGGCUUCGUGGAGGGCAUCCUCAACGAAACGUUCAAGAACGGAAAUGAGAAACCGGCCGACGUGUUCAGCACCAUUGCCAAGGCCAUCGGAAGCCGAACCAGUGCCAAAAAGAAGAAGCCUGAAGAUUGGAACGCUUUGGUCCGCAAGAACACCACGGUACGGGACCCGAUCGGAAACUCAUCGGAAAUGAUCAUGCGCCGCAGCAGGAUGAGUCUGCGCAAGCAGAUCAUCGAAGGCUCGCGGCAGGGCCUGGAGAUGAAUACGGACAAUCUGGUGGAGUUCAAUCCAAAAUUGUCGGAGGUGACCCCGGUUACGAGAGUGGCCUACGUCAAAUUCAUGCAGAAGAAGUUGAAGAAAGAUAUGGGCAAAGACGAAGAGGCUGAUGAGAUUGGCUUCGAGAAUGAACGACGAGACUCGGCUAAAAGAAGCUCGAUAAAGAAGCUGGUCGAGAUGAAGGAUAAGAUUAAUAGCAUUGACACAGAAGAAAAACAACAGGAAAAGAAGUCUCCUGUCAAGGAAACGGAAAUCCCUCUCAAAGAAUCGGUAUCGACCCCCACGGUUAUAACGGCACCGGUUUCGGAGGAAACAAUCAGCACGGCCUUCAAGGAUGACAAAGAGGACAUCCGGAUUGAUAUGAGCAAAGUGCGCGUUCGCUCACCAAUUCUGGAAGAUCCCGAAGAUGUCAUGAGCGAGUACAGCUGCCCCACGCCCAGCCGUGCCGACAGUGUGCCCAAACGCCCUGAAACUCCCAUCCCAAGCAUAAGUCCGCCGUUGGACAAGAAAACCGACAGCGGAAAACCCAGCAGCGCCGACGUUAGCAAAGCUGGCUCGAUCAAGAAAGACCAGGAAGGUGCAACGCCAAGCGCCAAAGGCAGUCUCCGCAAUAAUACACUUUCCCCGUCAAGUUCGGCCAAGUCGGACACAUCUCGAUCCCGUUCGCGUUCUCCGACGCCAGCCCGGUUGGAACCAUCGAAGCCAACCUCUCCGCCACCCAGUGCGUCAGUUCCGACCUUCUCCGAUAAGGGAAAGUCGAAAAUUUCCGGAAAGACGCUCGGUGGCUGGAUGUAAGGCAGAGAUUAGCGAAUUUUACGUUCCCGGUUGGAUUAGUUGUCUAUUGUUCAAACAUUUUGGAAGUUAGUUCCGAAUCACCAGCAAAAGUGUCCAUGGAUUUGAAGCAACAAUUGAGAUGAGAAUCAGAUUUUCUUUUAUAUCAGCAAACAUACAUAUUUGUUGAUUUAUAUUGAGAAAAUCAACCAAUUUCCAAAGCGGUGCUCAGUUAUCGGUACACAAGAACUUAAAAAUGCAUAGUUUUGACGUAGGACUACGUCUUUACUUUCGAUACGGAUUUGAGCUGAAUUUGAAAGUUUGGAAAAAUGUGACCGCCACGAAAAAAUGUUAGAUUUUGAUUAUUUCUCAACGGAUUUCCAUGAUUUUGUCAUCAAUGCAAAUUUUUCUAAGAUUCAGAAUCAUAAUUGAAAUUGAAUAAUUUUCAAUAGCUGUUUAUAUAUUUCUAGAAGGGAUGGAUUCUUCUUAUCUAUGUAGUAAUAUGCUUACUUUUCGUACAGUCUCUUUUACUUUUUUCAGUUAUUUCCCAUAGGUAUUUAAGGCUGAGUUGGCGUCGACCUCUUUUGCUUUGCUUUGUCGUUGGUCAAAGUCCGACAAUUGUUCAGAGCAACCGUCGGCGUCACUGUCAAAUGUCACCCAUGUGCACGAUGCUUAUCCCAUUUUUUACCAGUCCACCGCACAAUCGCCAUACUUCUACUCCUUUUUCUUCUUCUUAUUGACAUUACAUCCUCCAUUGGAACAUUGCCGUCUCGCAGCUUAGCACUUCUACAAUUAAUAACUGCGAGGUUUCUAAGCCAUGUUAGCAUUUUUUCAUUUGUAUAUCAUGAGGCUAACACGAUGAUACUUUUGUGUCCAGGGAAGUCAAGAAAAUUUCCAACCCGAAAAUUUCCUAGACCAAACCGGGAAUUGAACCGAGCCACCUUCAGCAUGGUCUUGCUUUGUAGCCGCGCAUCUUACCGUAUGGCUAAGGAAGGCCCCUAAUCCCUAACCUCUGCUAGGAAUUUCGAAUCGUUGUCAGUAUAUAAUUGAAGGUGCUUGACAGAUACAAACCUCCGAAAGGCCAUUAAAUGCUUUAGCCAUCAGGCUGUGUAUGUCCUCGUGGUCAUGCAUGAAAACAACUUGAGCUCGAGCCAAGUACCAUACACUGAAGGCGACCUUAUUGCUUAGGAUGAAAUACGUUUCUGUAAAGAUUACAAAGUGGUGGAAUUAAACGGAAUAGUACUAGGUGGCUACAUUUCAUUAAACAAGCCUAAAUAAUUUCCAUUCAUAAUUGAUGCUUCAAAUCCUAGCCAUUUUCUGUUCCUUAAAGAUAGCAACCAUUGCAACUUUAAAUUUCACAAAUAAAGACAAAUUAGGCUACACGUUUCUCCACAGAAACCGACUUUCUUUAUCACUCGUUAUUUUGAUUCCAGUCUUAAAUAACCUCACGUCACUCAAAAUAGUCAUUUUGUCAAUUUUGGCGAUUAUCAUUUCCACCUUGAAAACACCAAUUAACGAAUAAAUAAACUGAAUACAAAUUCAAUGAUCUUCA